AUGGCAGCUUCGAGUUUCAUGCUUCCUGUUGCCACCAUUUCUCUGGCGCUCUUAUUCUUCCUACCAAAUGUCCAGUCACAAAGUACUGGAGACUGCAGUUCUGUUCUGCUUCAGUUGGCACCUUGUGGACCAUUUGUACAAGGCUCAGAGCCGUCUCCGGCGCAGUUUUGUUGCAACACUCUCAGGCAACUGAAUAGCCAGCAAGUGAGUAGCCUCUGCCUGAUGCUGAAUGACCCUUCUAUCGGCGCUUUCGCUGUUAAUAAAUCGCUGGCUUUUGAACUCCCAGACCUCUGCAACCUUCCUGACAACAUGUCUGCUUGUUCUGGAAUGCCUGCACCACUGCCUCCCAGUUCCCCUACUCCUCAAGUUUCACUUGGGGCAAAAAGAAAUGAUACUGUUUCUGACUUUCAUUCUUACAAACUCUCAUCUAUUGCAAUUUCAGCUUCUCCAAUUGUCAAAGUGAAACCUAGACCAUAUGCACAAGGCAGAGAGCCAGAACCGACGAUUAUGUGUUGCGAUAACUUAAGGCAACUGAAUAGCCAGCAAGUGAGCUGCCUCUGCCUCUUGUUGAAUGAUAAUUCCCUCGGAUCAUUCGCCAUGAAUAAGACAUUAGCCAGGGAACUUCCAGACCUCUGUAGCCUCCAGAACAGCUUGCCCAAUUGUUCAGAAGAGAUGCUGGCACCAGUUCCUCCUAGUUCACCUACUCCCAAAGUUUCAUCAGGGGCAACAAGUAACGCUACAAUUGCUGGAAUGCCUGCACCACUGCCUCCCAGUUCCCCUACUCCUCAAGUUUCACUUGCGGCAAAAAGAAAUGAUAUUGUUUCUGGUAUGCUCAAUGAUCUAUUUUCACUUAAGCUUUACAAAUUGAUCGCAAUCGUCAACGAUCCAGCCAUAGUUAGGAGUUGUAACAAAAGAGUGCCACUUUUAGCCUUUUGA